UGUGAACGAUUACAUUUUCCUUCUUAUUUCUUUAAUAAUUUUAUGACAAUCGUGUAUAUAAUUUACUAUUGAAGUACGACGUAGUGAUUGUAUUGGAUCUGUAGGAAAAGUGAUUAAAAGGCAUAUUGAAUGCUCUUGGAAAUCUAUACAUACCUUCAUUUGAACCUUAAAUAGUGAAAAACAGUGAUCUUUAUCAGUGAUCGUUUCGUUCAGUGUUUACAUUUUAGCGAUAUUCCCAAAUGUUUUACUGAAAGUGAGAAUUUUUUUUCCAACUCGUAAUAGUGUUUUUCAUCAGCCCCAUCUAGACUGCAACAUAUUAUAAACUUUACCGAAUUUGACCGAGACCAGUUUUACAAGUAUAACGUGUGCGGGUCUUUUACAUCAAUCGAAUACACUGACAAUCCUAUGUCGAAAUAAAGGCGAAGUGGAAGAUUACUGUAGAAAAAAAAAUUAAACUAUACGUAUUUGUAGAAACAUGGAAGAUCUGGUAGGGGUAAAUGGUGUGAACGAAAUAAAUGGUGGAACCGAUAGAAUUUGCUACGAAUUAGGAGAAGGUGAUGCUGACAGUUCAACAACAACGCACGAUGUCGAACACCAGCGCGAUCGAAGUGAAAGCCCAGUUUUUGGAUUAGAAGGUAGUGGAGUAGCUACAGGUGGAACCUCCCUCAGACUAACAUCUCACGAAUUACCUAAUGAGAUUUCAGCUCCUUACGAAGUUCCACAAUUUCCAAUUGAACAAAUUGAAAAGAAGCUCUUAAUCCAAAGACAGUUGACCGUCAAAGCUGCCAAAGAUUUAGAGGAACGUCGUAGCCAUUAUGAACCUUCGCUUGGACCCGGUGUACCAGAUGAAAUUGAUCAUCUUCUUAACUUCGAUGACAAUGAUUUGGUACCACAUUUUCAGAGGGUCUCCAUAUCGGGAGAAGAUACUUCUGGGGUUCCCUUGGAGGACCUCCAGCGAGCAUCUCGGAUGUUGGUUCAAGCAUUGGCAAUACGGGAAAAAUACAUGAACAAUUCUAAGCAAAUUUUUCCUUCUAUAACAUCACGAUUCCUACGUAGUGUUGACAAAAGGCCAGUGAAUAGCGAUGAUGAAGUUCAACAUGACGAUCGUAAAGCUAUUGCAGAUCAUCCUGUGCACGCGCCAGCAUCACGAGGAGAUCCCUGGGAAUGCGUAUUUCCUGUGACAAAAAAUUACAAAAUUUCACCCGUUAAUGGUGUUUUUAAUGUAUACGCUAACGAAGAAGACUUAGCUAAUGGAAAGCCUAUUCCUUACUCGUAUCCUGAUUUAGCAACUUUUGUUAGAGAUAUGAAUAUUCUCUGUACAAUGAUCGCUGACGGCCCGUUAAAAUCGUUUUGCUACAGAAGGUUGAGUUAUCUCUCAUCUAAAUUUCAAUUACACGUACUGUUAAACGAACUUAGAGAACUUGCCAGUCAAAAAGCAGUUCCCCACAGAGACUUCUAUAAUAUCAGAAAGGUUGAUACUCACAUUCAUGCAGCAUCUUGUAUGAAUCAAAAACAUUUACUAAGGUUUAUCAAGAAAACUUUAAAAAAUCAUGCAGACGAAGUUGUUACGUGCUCAAAAAGUGGAGAAACGAUGACUCUUCAAGAAGUGUUUCAGUCUAUGAAUUUAACGACUUACGAUCUCAGUGUGGAUAUGUUAGAUGUACACGCAGAUAGAAAUACGUUCCAUAGAUUUGAUAAAUUUAAUGCCAAGUACAAUCCAAUUGGUGAGAGCAGACUUCGUGAAGUAUUUUUGAAAACUGACAAUUAUUUGAAUGGUAAAUUUUUUGCAAGAAUAAUUAAAGAAGUUGCCAGUGACCUGGAGGAAUCAAAGUACCAAAAUGCGGAACUACGUCUCUCAAUUUACGGUAAAAAUCCAGAAGAAUGGGAUAAAUUAGCAAAAUGGGCUAUUGAAAGUAAUGUUUAUUCAGACAACGUGCGUUGGCUCAUUCAGAUACCUCGACUUUAUGAUAUUUUCAAAUUGAACAAGCUGAUGACAAACUUCCAAGAAAUAUUGAAUAAUAUCUUUUUACCUCUGUUUGAAGUGACAAAUGACCCCAAUUCUCAUCCAGAAUUACAUAAAUUUCUUCAAUAUGUAAUAGGAUUUGAUUCGGUUGACGAUGAAAGUAAACCUGAAAAUCCCUUAUUUGACAAAGAUGUUUGUCCCCCUGCAGAAUGGUUCGAUAUUGAAAAUCCUCCAUACGGAUAUUAUCAAUACUAUACUUAUGCUAAUAUGACUGUUUUGAACCAUUUCAGAGCAGAACAAGGUUUAAACACGUUUGUUCUUAGACCUCAUUGUGGUGAAGCUGGUCCCAUUCAGCACCUUGUGUGUGGUUAUAUGAUGGCAGAAAACAUUUCUCAUGGUCUUUUACUUCGAAAAGUUCCAGUACUACAAUAUUUAUAUUAUUUAGCACAAAUUGGGAUUGCAAUGUCACCCCUCAGUAAUAAUUCUCUAUUUUUAAAUUAUCAUCGUAAUCCACUUCCAGAAUAUUUAGCAAGAGGAUUGUGUAUAAGUCUCUCUACAGAUGACCCUCUUCAAUUUCACUUUACUAAAGAACCUUUAAUGGAAGAAUAUAGCAUUGCUGCACAGGUGUGGAAACUCAGUUCAUGCGAUAUGUGUGAAUUAGCACGUAAUUCAGUACUGAUGAGCGGUUUUCCACAUAAGAGUAAGCAGUACUGGCUAGGGCCAAAUUAUACUAAGGAAGGGGUAGCUGGUAAUGAUAUUACUCGAACAAAUGUACCAGAUAUUCGAGUAGCUUAUAGAUAUGAAACCCUAGUUGACGAAUUAUCAAAUAUUUUUAAAGUUGUUGAAAAACCCGAAGCUGUUCCAUUUUAAUUGUUAGUGAUAGUACAAAAAACUCUUAAAAUAUAAUAAUCAUUCUAUUAUUGCUAAUAAUAUUCAUAACAUUUUAUGAAAUUUCGACGAAAACUAUUUGUCAUUCAAAUUCUAUAACCUAAAUAAUUAAAAAAUUUAUUAUGUUAGAAAUCACUGUCAACUUCCA